GCGCGUGUGCUCGCCUCGCUUCCCUUGGCCGGGCUGUCUCCACGCCACGCUCCCCACAUCCCCUUUUUCCCUUUUCCUCCCCUCGUCUCGCCACCACCUGCUCCUGCUCUAGCUCCAUCGGUCUAUCCCUCCGCAUCCGCAUCGUUGGGCAUCUCACCACCGCCAGGUCCAAGAGACCAAGAUAUAGUGACUGGUCGGUAGCCAGUAGGCAGAGUGCACGAGGGAUGGUGGCCGUGUCUACCGCGGCGAUGGCGAGCUCGUUUCUCCUCCGGCCGCGCGCCUCCUUCCGGCGGGCGCUCCCGCCACCGCCACCGCCACCUUCCAGCCGCCGGGCAUUGCCAGCGCCGCGGGUUCAAGCGGCGAGCACCCAACAGGAGCAGCCGAGCCUUUCGACGAGAAGCGAGGGCGAGCGGGGGCGGCCGGCCGGGACGCGGCUCUACUCGCUGGCGCCCUACCCUCUCCUGCUCGCCGCGCUGCUGCCGGGAGCUGAGCCGGUGACGGCCGUGUUCGCGCCGUUCGUGGAGCUGGUGAAGUCAUGGGACCUCCCCGGCUGGCUCGUGCACUGGGGCCACCCCGGCAACAUGGCUGUGGUGCUUUUUGCGAUGGGUGGCUACGGAACAUACCUCGGCUUCAGGAUCAAACUAUCAGAUGAUCCAGAAGAGAAGGCUAAGGCCAAAGAUCUCCACCCAAAGCUUCUUGCCGGCAUGUUCUUCUUCUUCGCCCUCGGUGCCACAGGUGGUGUCACCGCUCUUCUUACCUCAGACAAACCAAUCUUUGAAAGUCCUCAUGCAGUAACUGGAGUCAUCGGCCUGGCACUCCUGACCAUUCAGUCUAUUCUUCCAAAAUUGUUUGAGGGGAACCCAGGGCUUAGGAAUACACAUGGUCUACUCGGCAGCGGCAUCAUGGCUCUGUUUCUAAUCCAUGCAGCGCUUGGCCUGCAGCUUGGGAUCAGUUUCUAACUUUUGGCUAGAAUAUCUUGGGGUAUGGCAUGCAUGAUGAAUGCCGAUGCAAUCUCCAGAAAGAAAAAGAAGAGGGCUUCAUAUUAUGAUUAAAGGAUCAACAUAUAAAAUGUUCCAGACAAGAAUUUUCUCCUUAUUCCUCAACUAUCAUAUACCCAUAGCAAUGUAUUGCCUCUAGCCAGGAGGAAUUAUGAAGAUGAAUACCUGUCCGACUGUCACCAACAUAAUGUCCCUGGUUUCAUGGGUUUCCCUAAA